AUGGCCCUUACACGCUCCGCCAAAAAGUUUUUGCAGAUCGGCAGUCAGGUCGGUCAACACGGCAUGAUCCGUUGGCAUCAAAAUUCUCGGCUCUACGGCUGCUCGGUGAAGGACACCUGGCGGAAAUCACCGAGAAAACUCCCGGAAAAUGUCGUUGAAAUUAAAUGGGAUGGCGCAAAGCGGGCCGUCUACUGCUUCGCCAACCAGUUGGAGGCGUACGAUGAACAGCAGAUCAAGUGGCAGAGAACGCAACCCAACCAGUACGACUUCUACAUUGCCAUGGAAUUCCAACAAGCCCGGCAAGCCGUCAUUAAGCUUCGACGUGAGUGGCGAAAGCAUGUGCGAAGGCAACUUGGCUGUAAAAUGGCUCUGGAACUGCAGAUACUGCUCGAAUCCAAUUCUAGCUGGGGCUGCCAUUUUGACGACGACAAUUAUGUCAACGUUCCUCGACUAAUCGACUUCUUGGGGGAGAUGGACGUAAAUCGUGAUUUUUAUAUUGGAAAGAAAUCUGCGGCUGAAGUAGCUCUAAACAAGAAAGGGGAUACUUUUACCUUUGCCACCGGAGGUGCGGGGAUUUGUUUAUCCAACCGAUUGCUGAGAAGGCUGUACCCGUAUAUUUCGAAAUUUUCCGAAAUUUCUUACAACAUCAGCUACCCUGAUGACGUGACGCUUGGAUAUAUAAUCACGCAUCUCCUACAAAUUCCGCUUACGGAAUCAAAGCUCUUUCACUCACACUACGAGACGUUGCGCAAUAUUCCGGUUGGAGAGCUAAGAAAACAGGGGUGUGUUUAUGCACAAGUCGACAACGGCGUCAUCGGAGACCCGUUUUUGGAUUGUGGCGAUGGGCAUAUUGAGAUCCGUUUCGACACACGAACCCCAUUCCGAGGGCUCGUCUUCGUCGAAGACAAGCUAAACGACCCCGCCUGCCGCUCUCCCCCAGCUGAUGGAGACGGUGUGCGCAACACCUCACUUCGCAUCGGAUUCGAAGAAUGCGCUGUGCACAAACGAUUCUCGGAAUCGCCUCGGGGUCUUUUCGUGACGACCCGUGUGAUCAUUGCCUUCCAUCCUGAAUUUCUCACCAAGGUCGACCGGCUUUACCAAGUUCAAUGCUUUUACAUGGAGAUGGAGAGAAGGCUCGAGAAACAGAUAGAAAUAAGUAUGGCUCCACCAACAAUGCACACGGCCAACAUCCCCAUGCCAGUAUGCAAAUAUGAAGUCUUGGAUGGGAGCCCGAAUGGCCCACCAGUACUUUACACGACUGUCGGCCAGAUGGUAUACCAUAAAUGGACGUGCGAGUCGCAGUACAACGACACGUUUUGCAUGACCGUCCAUAGCUGCACGGUCAAUGACGGCAAUGGUGAUGUCGUCAGGUUACUGGAUGAGAAGGGAUGCGCGCAAGACAAGUACUUGCUCAACAACCUCGAGUACAUCUCGGACUUGAUGGCAGGUCGUGAAGCUCACGUCUAUAAAUAUGCCGAUCGGGAGAACAUGUACUUUGAUUGUGAGAUUACGAUUUCGAUCAAGGAACCGGGGCAGGAGUUUUGUGAGUACCCGACGUGCCCAGAACCGCCAAGACGUCGACGUUUGGCAGGGCUGGAGCAUGAGGCGAAUAUUUCAAACUUGGCAAGUGGCGAAAAUGCUACCUUCGAAAUUGACGGAAAAAUGGUGUCGAGGGAGCCGUUUGUCAGUGUUCAUUACGAUUUGAGCCAGUUUGGCUUCUGCUCAUCCGGAAUUGGAGCCGUCGUCUUCGUCAGCUUCAACCUCUUCUCGAUCAUUCUCUCAGCGGGCCUGGUGUUCAACACAUUUGCCAUGCUCAAAAGUGGAAAGCCGUUG